AUGGGCAAAUUGGCCGGUCUCGAGCAGCAGCCGGCGUCGGAGCAGCCAAUGACCGCGGCCAGUCGGUGCAGACAACUCGACCCGCCGGCCAACUGGCUCGCGGACGGUGUCGUCUGCCGGGCCGACGUCAAGCGCUCCACGAGCCGAGCCCGCAGUCGAGGUGGGCCUCGAGCUUGCGGCUGUUGCGUCCGACCGAAGGACGGCGAGGCCGAAAGACGUCGACGCCGAUUGAAGGAGAGAGCGAGACGCCGUCUACGUCGGCGUCUGCAGACCGACGCGCUCUUCAUCUACGAGACGCCCAAAGUGGUGCUGAUCAAGAACAAAAAGAUCGGAAUGGUCUUCCGCGCCGUGCAGACGUUCAUUCUGGCCUACUUCGUCGUCUGGGUGAUGUGGUGGGAGAAGGGCUACCAGUUCGUGGACGAGCCGCCCAUCAGCGGCGUGACGACUCGCGUCAACGGCCUGGCCUGGUCCGAGAUCCGCGACGGCCGUGCCGGUUUCGCGGCCGGUCCCAAGGUCUGGGACGACGGCGACUACUCGAUCCCGCCGCAGCAGAACUCCGGCUUCUUCGUCGUCACUCGAGUCGUCCAUCUGACCGAGCAGUCUGUCGGUGUGUGUGCCGAGUCGGCGCGCCUCUUCGACGCCCACUGUCUGGAGGACUCGCACUGUCCGCGCGGCGGUCAAGCCGGCAGCCGAUUGGACAGCGUGUUCGGUCGCCGACCGGCCGACGCCGACGUCGACGUCGACGCCAGCGGACACGGCGUCUUCACGGGCCGCUGUCUGACCAAUCGGCUGCCGGCGUCCACUCCGGACUCGAGCCCGGCACUGCCGGGCACCUGCGAAGUGCUCGCCUGGUGUCCUGUCGUCGAGACGUCCAGCCUGUCCAGUCGGGCCGGCCAAGCGCCGGCAGACUCGAACCCACGACCCGUGCCAGACGACACAGCCUCUCGGCGACCGGCCAAUCACAACCGUCGCCAGCGGCGUCUGGUACCGCUCGACGAGUCGGUCGAGCCGCUCUACGAUGCGCUCAACUACACGGUCUUCAUCAAACACGCCAUCGAGUUCACGGCCUAUCGCGUGAACCGGCCAAACGUGCUCAAAUGGAUGACAAACCAGUAUCUGGCCGACUGCCGCAACAACAAAGAUGACCCUCGCGACAAGUACUGUCCCAUCUUCCGGCUGGGCGACAUCAUUCGCUGGUCGGGCGCCAACACCUACCGAAUGCUGCGUCACGGCGGCGUGAUCGCCGUCACCAUCGACUGGCAAUGCGAUCUCGACUUCAGCGUCGACUGGUGCCUACCCACCUACGGCUUCCGGCAGAUGGACACCGACUCGACGCCU